AAGACAAUUGUCAAAAAUGAACUCAAAUUUCACAAUUGGCCUAAUCAAAUAUUUCUAGUAAAAACAUGGAACGAUUAUCCCAAACUAUAAAAAAGGGGUCUUCAACGGUACAGAUCCAAAGAAGCUCCAGCCUUCAACAACAACAAAAAUAUAGAACUCCCUCUGAAACUAAAUACGAUUCCAGUUUAAAAAAACGAUGUGAGCGAAUAAUUUACCGGAACAAAUACGAGAGGAAUGCCCCCGAAAUAUGCAGUUGGUGGUUCAAACUUUUUAAGAUAUUAGAAGAUGACGCUUCUAUUCCGCCCGAAGAGCAACUAUCAAUACUAAAAGAGUUGUUUGAACCUCCUUUGCUUGAUAAAAUUAUAGAAUUAUGCGGCAUUAAAGAGAGAAAAUAUAAGGAAAUGCCCUUUGAGGAACAACAAGAAGAUAUACAGGAUCAGGUGGAUUCUUCAAGCCGCAGCACUAAUAAAAGAAUCAUUAACAGUGUAAAAACUCAGUUCGAGGAAGAAGAUUUAAAGCAAGUCAAAAAGGAAAUGCAUGCUGAACAUCCCAAUUCACUAUUCUACUUGGAAAAACCAGUGGAGCAACGUGAAGAUAUAACAAGAUCUAAAAUGUAUAUAAACUUCUUCAAACGCAAACCGACUAGAGCGGCAGUUUGGAGACCUCUACCACCACCCUCCUUAAGCGAAAUGAAUUUAAGCCAAAAAGCCGAUUAUGUCACGGAACAGAUCGCCACCGACUUUAUAAACUGGCUAAGAGAUUUAGGCGGAGACGAGGAGCUAUCUUUAAGCGUACAGUCAAUCAUAGAGAUGUUCCAAAUCGGUUUUCAAGCAAAUACAGCCACUUCCUUAAAGGUUUGCUUGAAAGAGUUGGCCUCUAUACCAAAACGUGUGGCGGAAGCCAAACAAAUGCCCAAAAGGGCUACCAGAGCGGUUUUGCGUAAGGAAAUUCGAAAAGACAUUAAAGCCAGCAAGAAACAAACCACUUAUACCGCGUUCAGUACGUAUUUGCCGCCCGAUAUGCAAGUACGACCUCCCGCAGAGAGUUUUUACAAAAAAUGGAUGAGUUGCGAUAGAGUACCUGAAAAGUUGGCUAGUAUGGCCACGGUUUGGCAGGGAAUCACCCAUUUGAAGUCGACCAGGGCUUAUUGUGAAUUUUUGCUGGAAAGACCGGAGAUAAAGCCGCCAAAGUAUCUGUUCGAUUGUGGCAUGAUGGAGAUGGAAAAUCUGAUAGAUAAGGAUGAAGAUUUUGAGUCUCGUUCCUUGGAUUCGAUGGUUAGUGGAUAGGUUUUUUUUAAUAAAAAAUUACUUAUUAUUUAAAA